AUGGCCUCUCGCCGGCGUCCUAGUCCUACCACUCUAGUCUUCCUGGUGUUGCUAUACCUCUACUACGCGCCGAGCUGCGCCUUCUCGCUCUCCUUCAACCUCAACUUCUCCGACCCCAGCGCCGGUUCAUCCAUCGCCGUCGCCGGCGAUGCAUUCAUCAGUCCGUCAACGCUCGAGCUGACGAAAAACACACGUAGUACGGGUAUUCAGAACAGCGUCGGCCGGGCGUCCUACGCGCACAAAGUGCCGUUGUGGAGCAACAGCACCAGCGAGAUGGCUAGCUUCACCACCACCUUCGCCUUCCAAAUCACUCCGGACAAGGACAGCCUGCCGCUGACAGGCGAUGGGAUGGCCUUCUUCCUCGGCCAUUUCCCUUCGGUGAUCCCGCGGGACAGCUACGGCGGCAGCCUCGGCCUCCUCCUCACCAACACUAACGGGACAGGCGACGGUCGAAUCGUGGCCGUCGAGUUCGACACUUUCUUCAACACGCGAUAUGGAGAUAUCAACGGGAACCAUGUCGGCAUCGACAUCAACUCUGUCAACUCCACGGCGUCCACGAGAACGACGAGACCGGGCAAGAACCUCACGUCGCUCCAUGUUAUGGAAGCCACCAUCAAGUACCAGAAUGACUCCAAGAUGCUGGCCCUUGACCUCCUCAUCGACGAUGUCUUGUACCAGCUCAUUGCAACCGUCGAUCUGAGAAGAUACUUACCGGAGGAGGUCGCCGUGGGCUUCUCUGCGGCGACCGGCGACAUCGCCGAGUUGCACCAGAUACUGUCAUGGUCAUUCAGUUCCACUUUGCAGCUUGAAUCAAAGAAGGAAGCAGCUCCACCUGCUCAACCUCUUCCGAUUCCAAGUUUUCCAAGCACCAGCAGCAAAAACCACAAAACGUUGGUACCAAUCCUUGUAUCCGUACUAGUUCCUCUGCUUUUUUUGGUGGUCUGUGUCGCGGUGGUGCUGGGAUGGAGGCGACACAAAAAAAGAAGAGCAAAUGAGGACAGCGAAGAAGAGUGUGACGACAGAGCUGACCUCGAGAGAGGUGUGGCUGCCGGCGGCCCCAGACGGUACGUGUACCAUGAGCUGGUCGCCGCAACAAACAACUUCGCGGAGGAGGAGAAGCUCGGGCGAGGCGGCUUCGGGAGCGUUUACCGGGGUCACCUCAUACUCACACUCGCAGGCGCCGUCGGAGGUGACCAAGACCGUCGAGAGGUGGCGGUAAAGGUGCUGUCAGCAGAGUCGUCGUCGCAGGGGGAGGAAGGAGUUCGAGGCAGAGGUGAGGAUCAUCAGCAGACUCAAGCAUCGCAACCUUGUCCAAUUGUUGGGUUGGUGCGACAGCCGUAA